UACUUAACAAAGUCUAAGAAUUGAAGGUGUUUCCUUAACGUUGUCAUUUAGACACAUCAUUGCGGCGUUCCUAGUAACUCCACCGCACAUUCCUUAUCUUCCAUCUUCUCCUCAUCAUCUUCCACUUUCCGAUGACAACUUAACUUCCAAAAACCACCCUCCCAAAACCAAAAAAAUGAACACUUUAAUCCAUUUUUCAAACCAUUAUCUUUGUAGGGUACCCUACCCUUUACUCUCUCCUGUUCUAACCAACAACACUAACCUUCCAAGGUUCAUUUCAACUAUUAAGCGUUCACCUUAUCCUAUUGCAUGUGCCACUUCCAAUGAAGAAUUUACAGAGGAAAUAAAAGUGGUUGAACCUAACACCAAUGAUGAAGGAAUCACUUCCACUACUUUUUCUACUCCAAUUGACAAAGAGCUUAAAAGGGUUGCUCAGAAGACAGCUGCAACAUUUGCACCAAGGGCUUCAACGGCAUCGAAAAACCCUGCAGUACCUGGAAGUACUUUGUAUACUGUUUUUGAGGUUCAAGCUUAUGUAUCAAUGUUGUUGGGUGGAGCUUUGUCCUUUAAUCUCAUUUUCCCUUCAGACCAACCUGAUAUUUGGAGAUUGAUGGGAAUGUGGUCCAUUUGGAUGUUCACAAUUCCUUCAUUACGAGCUCGAGAUUGCUCAAAGAAUGAGAAAGAGGCUCUCAACUAUCUUUUCCUCCUAGUUCCAUUGCUCAAUGUUGCAAUCCCAUUCUUUGUGAAGUCCUUUGCCGUUGUUUGGUCGGCAGAUAUAAUAGCUUUCUUUGGAAUGUAUGCAUGGAAGCUUGGAUGGCUCCAGAAAUCGGACUAGUCAGCCCAACUUGGUGGUUAACCGCUUUCAAGACAAGUUGGCUCUUGACUUUCUCAUAGAUCUCAAUUAUAUAGGACAGAGAAAAUGAGAUGCAACAUUUCUUCUAGCAUUUCAUAAAUGACAGUCCUCAACACAAGGAUGGAAGAAUUCUGCGCGGAAAUUCCAGGUGCUUUUGCAUCUAUUAGGGGAGCUAUAUGUCAUUGUUGCAUUUUUCGUUAUAUUGAAUGAAGAAAAUGCUUAUAAAAGUUUUGCAUUUUUGUUAUACUGAGUUUGAUCAACAACCUCCCAAAGAUGAAAUGCAAUAUAGUGAUUGUUAAUAGCACAUAUGAUCUGUAUCACUGUAUGGAGUGUAAUUUUCUGACGGCAGUAGCUUAUUUGCUUUGACUAGAUGAAAAUUAAAAUUGAGAUGACAAUUUUAUCUUACUGUUUAUGUUGAAUGAAUGGUAAGUAAAACGUAUCUAGCGUUAGUAUUG